AUGGAAUCUCAUAAACUUAUACCAGAUGUUACACUUCAUUUGGUACAUUUUUUUUACUGUGCAAUUGAUUGUAAAUUUAACACUGAUGUCGACUCGACCAAUAAAAGUGAAAGUAAUUGCACAUUAGGAAAUAUCCUUGAUAAAUUAUCUAAACUCUUGAGUGACUACAGUAAGUACAUAAAUGAGUUUGAAUCCCGAGAUUCUACUGUUGAAUCUGGAAAACAGACAUAUACCACUUUGGUAACUAAAGAUUACAAAUGUGCGAUUAAAGACGCUCGUUCUAGGCUGCCUGAAGGAGAAUAUAACUUUAAGGUUGAUGAGCCUGUGUAUAAUGACAUUUUGGUGUUGUUACAGUAUCUAUCUCCAAAUAAUUUUAUUUGGCAUUACCAUAAAGAUGAAGAAAGGCAUUUGAGGUUAUGCUGUGACUAUAAUUUCGUUUUUCAUAAGGAUUUAUUAACACAUUACCACGUGGUCUCGGUAUGUGCAUCAAGUAAUUUAGAAGAUUUAGACGAUGUGCGUGAAUCAUUAAAAAACACAAAUAUAACAAAGAACUCGGACGCUGUACUAAAAAAGAUAAAUGGAAUUAUUUCGGUGAUUCAUUUGCCAUUGAAAAAUAAUUUAAAAUUUGAAUGUAGUAAAGAUGGGUGCUCAUAUGGCAAGCCAACCUAUGUUAGUGUAGAAUUGUACAACAAGGCGAACGCACAUUACAGCUUAUUUCCAAAUACAUGUAAAUUAGCGAUCAUGGGAUCUAGACUCAUUUGUAACUGUUUCAUAGUACUGCUUAAAGAGGUAUCUAGCGGACGUCUUAAGAAUUAUAACUUGUUGAUAUCAACACUGUUGAUACUAUAUGACAACACCCAUGGUCAAAUAUUGGAUGACAUCUACGAAGUGGUUCUCAAUGUUGUGGAUAAACACCCAAACGCAUUUGAGGAGUUAUCAAAUGUGUUGCUAUUUAAGGAGGUGGUAAAAAAGAUAGCGGACGAUAUUAACAAUUACAACAACUCGGUCGUAAAGUGCACAAAGUGCUUUGUUAAAUUGACCACUGCUGUGUUCAAUGACGAUGAUGUGAAGAUGUAUGAGUUGCUGGAAUCGACAAUAGACAAAAUGAAACUGAUGAACAACAGGGAAUUGAAGAACAAAUUUAUGAAAAUGUACGACCACUACCUGAAGAGAGCGCCACUGGCAUGUGCAGCCACAAUGCUCCAGAUGAUGGAACUCAUAAUGGGAGCAUUGGACACACUGGACGGUGGAAGCGUGCUGGCGUCACUGAAAUGCCUGGAGAGUAUGUUCGCGUGCCUGCCUAAAGAUGCAGUGUAUUAUUUCAAAGACGUGUACAGCAGAUUCCUAAUCGUACACUUUGUAUUCCUAACAAACGGUGAUAAAGGAAGAGAUUCUUUGGAAAAUAUGCUUGAGUAUGAGUUUUUUAGCGAGUUGAUAGUUAAGGUGUGUAUAUAUUCGGAAGGCAAAGUAGGAAGUGGCUUGGAAGACAGGUAA